AUGUCUUUGCCUUUUGCCAAUCUUCCUCCAAACUUUGCGAUUUCUCCGAGUGGCUCGCAUGCCGUGUUAUUGACACCCUUGGAAAAAUCAGAAAAUGACAAAAGAAGUUAUCGAUUGAUUCGACUGGCUAAUGAACUGGAAGCGCUGCUUGUUCAUGAUUCGGAAACCGAUAAGUCUUGUGCCGCCUUGGAUAUCCACGUUGGACAUUUGUCAGAUCCAAAUAAUUUACAAGGGCUUGCACAUUUUUGCGAGCAUUUAUUAUUUAUG